UAAAAUUUAUUGCUAGUAGCAUUAAAAAAGAGUCAGUUAAGCCGCCUAGUUUUAUUUGAUUUGCGCAACUGUUAGGUACGGAAGUCGAUGAAUAUUCGAUAACAUCGAUCACUGCAUUUGGUAGGGUUAAACAAGAAGCCAAGCGGAGGAAAAUAUUCAAACUUAAAACCAAAAUUCGCAUCACGAGAUAAAAACUCAUCGGUCCUAUUCUUGGAAAUUUCAAUUCCGAGAUUGUGCGUAAAAACCCAAACAUAAAAGUAGUAAAGGCACGGAAAUACUAUAAUAUGAAUACUGAUUCAUGAUUCAUACAUAUGUACAUGUUUUAUCAUCAGCAGUUCAAAAUGAACUUCCUCAAAAAUAAUUUCAAGCGAGUAAGCUUCGACAGUCGCUCCAUUACCGCGAAAUGAUGAAGUUCAUCGCAACAGGACUCGCUCUGCUAGCCUACUCAAUCCAUCUUGCUGAAGGAGGAGGAUUUGGCCAGCUGCUGGACCCAGAUUGUGGUACGACGGAGGAGGGCAUUACCGAUCGGAUCGCCGGGGGCAAGAACGCAGACCCAUUAUCAAAUCCAUGGAUGGUAUAUGUGAUGGGAAAGGUGAAAUGUGGUGGCUCGCUGAUCACCAGUCGUUUCGUUCUCACGGCAGCCCACUGCAUCGUGGAUUCCUAUAUGAGCGUGCGCUUGGGCGAGUACGAUACCCAAAAUCAACGCAAGGACUGCAAUCGUGGGGUCUGCGUGCUAAGGGCCUAUACCGUCGAAGUGGAUUUGAAAUUUAUACAUAGUGACUAUAGGGACGUAUACAAAUAUGACAUCGCUCUGCUGCGCAUGAAGACCGCGGUCCAGUACUCAGACUAUGUGCGGCCAAUCUGUUUCCUGGUUAAUGGGCACUUGGAGGAAAGUACCGCAUUCAAUAUCACCGGCUGGGGUAAUACCAACAAUAACCACACAAGCCAGACGCUCCAAACAGCCAUGGUGUACAACGUCAAACUCGACUUCUGCAGCAAAAAGUUCACGAGGGAAGUGGAUGAAUCCCAGAUUUGUGCUAGCAACAGAUACGAAGAUGCAUGUCUCGGGGACUCGGGAGGCCCGCUAAGCGCACGGAUUGCUCGUGACGGCCGCUCAUUGACAUUCCAGUACGGAAUUAUUAGCUUUGGAUCAGAGAAAUGUAAUUCCCACACCGUUUACACCAAUGUAACGUACUAUAGGGAGUGGAUACUGAGCACCAUCGAAUCGGCCUCGUUGGUGGACGAAAACUGUGGAACAAUAGCGCGCGGCUCCAGAGUUCGGCGGUUAGUUGGAGGCCAUGAUGCCGGGAAGCUUUCACAUCCAUGGAUGGUAAGGCUGCACACAUAUUCUAGUUAUGUCUGCGGCGGUUCGCUUAUCACCUCCCGUUUUGUGCUGACGGCAGCGACCUGUGUCGAUUUCUCAAAGCUUAUGACAGCGCUGCUCGGCGGGCAUGACAUGGAUUUGCCGAACACAUUCCUGGAGGUCCCAAUCGAUCGAAAAAUCUUGCACCCACAGUUUGAUAUGAGCAACUACAAACACGACAUAGCUCUGCUUCGAAUGAAGCAAGAAGUUCAUUUCUCAGACCACAUCAGGCCCAUUUGUCUUUCCAAUAAUCAGAUCCUGGAGGGAGUUCAGAGCUACACCCUCACUGGCUGGGGUGUCACCCUCACCGGUGACGGUGACUUUAGCCGCAUCCUCCAAGAGACCUCUUUGAUUGGCGGCGAUCCUUCACUUUGCAAUAGAACAUUUCCCGGUCGAAUCGAUCAGUCGCAUAUAUGCACCUUUGGCGUGAACGGUGAUGCGUGCGAAGGGGAUGGUGGAGGCCCAUUAAGCGCGCAGCUUCCCUACAAUGGCACUUAUCGGACUUUCCUGCUGGGAAUCGUCAGCUUUGGGUUAGAUUCCUGUAGGGGCUAUGGGUUGUCCACAAAUGUGUCGCACUACUUGGACUGGAUCAAGAACACAAUUAAAGAACGCUAUCGAUAACCAUCGGAGGCAAAGCAAAUAUUCGAUAGAUUAAGCCGAUUGUGCUCGAUGUAAAUGUAAAAGGAUGUUAUCAAAAAAAAGAUCUAUGAUCGGAGUAAAACAACCA